CCCCCCGGCCCAUCUCCCUUUCCUUUCUCGCCUCUAGCUGUUCUUCUGUCUAUAUUUUGCAGCUAGAAGUUGAGGUCGUCCACCAUGACGCUUUUCAUCCUUACGGAAACCAGCGCGGGCUAUGCCCUGCUCAAGGCCAAGGACAAGAAGUUGUUGAAGAGAGACGAUCUGGCGACUGAAGCCGCCACUCCCGAGGGCGUGUCCAACCUUGUCAAGUUGAAGAGCUUCCAGAAGUUCGAUAGCGCUGCUUCCGCCCUGGAGGAGGUUGCUUCCCUCGUCGAAGGAAAGGUCACUCCUCGCCUCGCCAACCUGUUGAACGAAGUCAAGGAUGAGAAGAAGGUUUCGCUGGCCGUCUCCGACCCGAAGCUCGGCACUGCCAUCAGCAAGCUCCCCGGUCUUUCGAUCGAGCUCGUGGCCGACUCUUCCACGACCGACAUCUAUCGUGCCAUCCGUGAACACCUGCCCACUCUCAUCCCCGGCCUUCUCCCCCAGGACAUGUCCACCAUGUCCCUGGGUCUCUCGCACUCUCUCGCCAGACACAAGCUCAAGUUCUCCCCCGACAAAAUCGACACUAUGAUUGUGCAGGCCAUUGGUCUUUUGGAUGAUUUGGACAAGGAGCUGAACAACUACGCCAUGCGUGUGAAGGAAUGGUACGGCUGGCACUUCCCCGAGCUGGCAAAGAUCCUGAACGACAACAUCGCCUAUGCCAGACUCGUCCUCAAGAUGGGCAUGCGUUCCAACUGGGAGACUUCGGAUCUCGCUGAGAUCCUUCCCGAGGAGAUCGAGGGUGCCGUCAAGGCCGCCGCGGACCGCUCCAUGGGUACCGAGAUCAGCCAGGAUGACCUGGAACACAUUCAGGCUCUUGCCGAGCAGGUCGUUGGCUUCGCUGAGUACCGUACACAGUUGGCUGGCUACCUCACCUCCCGCAUGAACGCCAUUGCCCCCAACCUGACUGCCCUCGUCGGUGACCUGGUCGGCGCCCGCCUCAUCGCCCACGCCGGUAGCUUGACCAACCUGUCUAAGAGCCCCGCCAGUACCAUCCAGAUUCUGGGUGCUGAGAAGGCGCUGUUCCGUGCUCUUAAGACCAAGCACGACACUCCCAAGUACGGUCUGAUCUACCACGCUUCCCUCAUCGGCCAGGCCACCGGCAAGAACAAGGGUAAGAUGGCCAGAGUUUUGGCCGCCAAGGCUUCCCUUGGUCUGCGUGUGGACGCUCUGGCCGAGUGGGAUGACGAUGCCACCGAGGAGGACAAGAGCGCUCUGGGUACGGAAGCCCGCUACAACCUCGAGCGCAAGCUCGCUGCCAUGGAGGGCAAGGCUCUCAAGCCCCGCGGUGUUAACAUUGCCCCCAACGGUGCCGCCUCUCAGCCCAAGAAGUUCGAACUCAACGAAGCCCGGAAAUACAACGCUGACGCUGAUGCCGUCACGGGCGACGAGCCUGUGUCUGCCAAGAAGAGCAAGAACAAGAAGCUCGUUGAGGAGGUUGAGGACGAGGAGAUGGCUGACGCCGACUCCUCCGAUGAGGAGGCUGAGGCCAAGGAGGACGACUCCUCCGAGUCCGAGGAUGAGUCCCCCAAGAAGAAGUCCAAGAAGAGCAAGGAUUCCGAUAUCGAGAAGCUGGCUGAGAAGGCCGGUCUGAGCGUCAAGCGGUACCAGCGCAAGCUCGAACGCGGCGAGAUCCAGUUCGAUAAGGAGGGCAACCCCAGCGCUAUCAGCAAGAAGGACGUGAAGAAGGCCAAGAAGGAGUCCAAGAAGUCGGCCAAGGGUGAGGAGAAGAAGCGCAAGCGGUCAGACGACGGCGAGGUCGACAACACCGAGAAAAAGAAGAAGAAGAAGAAGAAGGGUGAGGAGUAAACAACAAAACAAAGGAAGUCAUCUCGAAAAAAAAAGUUAAACACCGGAUGGAAUGCUUCAAUUUCUGUAUGAUAUCACACCAUGUGGGCCGAUUUUCUAUUUUCUCUUUCGCUAUUUGCUUGAAGAUUAUACUGUGUUUGGGUGGCAUUUGAUGGGAUGGAAUUUACUAUCCUGGCGCAGAGGUGCUUGUUGGUCUAGGGCAGUUCAGUUCCAGAAAUAAUGUUCCUUUCUGAGUUGGUUUGUGUGUAGUAGUCUCGGGUGGUGGUGGUGUUGUAGUGAG